GCCUGUAAGUCAUCACAUUCCAUCAGAAACAUCCAGAUGAAACCAGAUGAAAAAGCACUUCAACAAUACUCCUGAACAACUGUGGGGAUUUCUGAACUCACGAACACAGCAAGAGAUCAGAUUUGAAGUAUGGCUCAGAGUGACUUCCUCUACCCAGACAACCCAAAGAGGAGGCAAGAAGUAAAUCGCCUUCACCAGCAGCUCCUUGACUGCUUAUCUGACAGCUUCCAUGCCACCAAUAAGCUGACUGGGGUUUUAAAUACGCACUUGGGGUGCAAGCUGGCCUCCAUUGAGAUGAAAAGAGAUGGGACCAUCAAAGAAAACUGUGAUAUCAUCAUCCAAGCCAUGAUGAAAAUCCAAAAGGAAUUGCAAAAGGUUGAUGAAGCGCUGAAAGAUAAACUAGAGCCAACCCUCUAUAGAAAACUUCAGGAUAUUAAAGAAAGGGAAACAGACAAAAUAGCAAUAGUACAAAAGGUUAUUUCAGUCAUCCUAGGAGAAGCUACUUCUGCAGCCAGUGCAGUGGCCGUUAAACUUGUGGGCUCAAAUGUCACAACUGGCCUAAUUAACAAGUUGGUCACUGUGUUAGCGCAAAUUGGUGCUUCUCUCCUUGGUAGCAUAGGAGUUGCUGUUCUUGGCCUUGGCAUAGAUAUGAUUUUCCGAGCUAUCCUGGGAGCAGUGGAGAAAACACAGCUUCAAGCAGCCAUUACAAGUUAUGAGAAGCAUCUGGUGGAAUUCAAGUUAGCCUCGGAAAAGUACCAUCACGCCAUUACUGAGGUCACCAACACAGUGAAACACCAAAUGAAAUAAACAGCCACUUUAUUUGCCACUGGAAUAUUAUUCUGCUUCUCAAUAAUAGUGUUUUGCUUCUUUGAUUGGGUUUCUUUUCUAUAAGCUUCCAAAAGGGACUUAAACACAGUAAACAACCUGGGAAGAAGUUGAGUUCUUGAGUUUUGUGUCAACAACGAAUGCCUCAUAGAUUGGUGCUAGCACCUGCGAGGUAAAAGCUUGUAUCACAAGAUGUCUUCUUACUGCUCUACCAGAACAUUAGGGUAAAUGCUAUUGCAGAAGAGCAGAUGUAGAGGUUACCUCUUUCUUUUCUAAUCCUCCAAAUCUUUAAAAUUUACAUUGAAUGUAGAGAUUUUCAUUUCUAUCAUUAGCUUCAGACAUCAUUUAAUUCUAAGGAAAUACACUUAGUAACUUUUGUCUAAACACGAGCCCUGGGCGUUGGAGUGGAAAAGAAAACUACUACCAUAAUUUUGAACAUUAGUUUAAAUCCAAUUUCCUAUAAACUGGAAGAGACUGAAUAUGGUUUAUAACAAUUUACUUCAACAACAAAAGGAGGCAAUGGUUGUGUAAACGUAUACUAAUUACACACUAUAAUCUGGAUGGAUUUUUAAAAGAUGAAAGUUAAAACUAAAAAGAUAGAGGUCCUGUUUCUACAUUUGCAACCAACCUGAUCAACUGUGGUGGGAUGACUAUAUAUCCCUCAAUUGAAUGUUUGAAUAUUCUGAAACACUUAAAAAACAAAUAAGCAAAUCCCAUCUAUACAUGCAUAGGAAUGCAGGAGAGGAAAGUUGCUAUUCUUUUAAGAAUUUGUCAUUUAAAGGCAAGUCAUAAUUUAUUACCUUAGAAGUUUUCAGAAAAACAAAAUUUCCUUUUCAGUACUAGCAGAACAGAGGAAGUUGCUCUUGCUACUAAAACUUGAAGGACCCCAUUUCAUUAAUUACCUGAUUUCAGAAAAACCUAGAGGCUAUGAAGUCCUAAUGGUUCAGUUGAACUUCUGUAGAUGCAAGCAUUUUCUAAAUCCUUCACCAGCUAUUAAUUACCCAUUGAGACUUUUAGGUUCUACUUACAAAUUAAUGAGCUGUUGAUGCAAGAAUGUGUUUGUUACAGUUGAUUCUUACAUCCAAGAAAUGUCUUGAAAUUUAAAAAGCUCAGCACAUCUCAAAAAUUAAAAGGCUAGAAUUACUUUAAUUUUUCAAAUGUACUCAU